AUGGCUGAUGCCGAAGCCAAGGAUAAUGAGUCUGGAGAGGAAUCGCCCGAAUUAUCUGUUGUCGCAGCGAACUGCCAAAAAGCGGCAGCUAUGCCCAACGUUAUACCCGGCGAAAAGUUAAGUUCCAUCGAGGAAAUAGUUCAAAAUGAUCCUGAAUGCUAUGAAUUGGAUUUAAAUCAUCAUCGCAUAGAAAAACUUGAGCAUUUGGAACCAUUGAAGAACAUUGAACGUUUGGGUUUUCGAUGGAAUUUGAUCAAGAAAAUUGAAAACUUGGACACCUUAACAACAUUGGUGGAAUUGGAGUUUUACGAUAAUCAAUUGACGAAAAUUGAGAAUCUUGAUGCAUUGGUCAAUCUGCAAAUAUUGGAUCUGAGUUUUAAUCGUAUCACCAAAAUUGAAAAUUUGGAGAAGCUUACCAAACUGGAGAAGUUGUUUUUGGUUGCCAAUAAAAUUACACAAAUCGAAAACAUUGAGAUGCUGACAAAUCUAACAAUGUUGGAGUUGGGUGAUAAUAAAAUAAGGCGUAUUGAAAAUCUGGAUACACUUGUUAACCUACGUCAAUUGUUUUUGGGUAAAAAUAAAAUAUCCAAAAUUGAAAAUCUCGAUAAAUUAACAAAUUUGGAGAUACUGAGUCUUCAAGCUAAUCGUAUUGUAAAAAUUGAAAAUCUGGAAAAACUUACCAAUUUAUCGGAAUUAUAUCUCUCCGAGAAUGGUAUAGAGAAAAUUGAAAACUUGGAAGCCAACACGCAAUUGGAUACAUUGGAUUUAGCCAAAAACCGUUUGAAAACCAUUGACAAUAUAUCGUGUUUGGAACAAUUGGAAGAAUUAUGGUUGAAUGAUAACUCUAUAGAUGAUUGGAAAAAUGUGGAAAUCCUCAAGGGCAGCAAAUCAUUGAAAACGGUGUAUUUGGAACAUAAUCCCUUAGCCAAGGAUGUUAUGUAUCGGCCAAAGUUGAAAGAUAUUGCCCCAUGGUUGCAGAAAAUCGACGCUACCUUAUGUCGAUAAA